AAUGUUUAAUGAGGAAAAUAGGGCACAAAACCGGCACCUAUCAUCCUCCCUCCAUUCCAACAAUCGCCGGAGUUGCAGCCCCUUUCUCCUCCGGCAAAGUCACCAUCAUCAUCUCUAUAUAAUCUAAUCUAAUCAUAUUUAUUAUCACCACUUGUCCAUGCGCACAUCUCUAUAUAUAUUAAUAAAAUAACAUCUCACAACUUUUCCAUUGUUUAUUCCACCAAACCAAACACAAAAAGCCAUUCUCAAUUAGGGCUUUCCGCCACAUUCAUCAUCGAGAUCUAGGGUUUCUGGAAGAGAUCAAUGGCUCAAAAUGGACAGACGAUGAACCCUAACUUACUCGAUGAUAUUAUCAACCGCUUGUUGGAGUUCAGGCAAGCCAGGACCACACGCCAGGUUCAGCUCUCCGAGGCGGAGAUCCGCUUGCUUUGUACCACUUCUCGUGAGAUUUUUCUUCAACAGCCUAAUUUGUUAGAGCUCGAAGCUCCGAUUAAGAUCUGCGGUGACAUUCACGGACAAUACGGGGACCUCUUAAGGUUAUUCGAAUACGGCGGAUUUCCUCCCGAAUCAAACUAUUUAUUCCUAGGUGAUUACGUGGACCGUGGCAAGCAAAGUCUGGAAACCAUAUGCCUUUUACUUGCCUACAAAAUCAAAUACCCCGAAAAUUUCUUCCUUCUAAGAGGAAACCAUGAAUGUGCUUCCAUCAACAGGAUAUACGGAUUUUAUGAUGAAUGCAAACGCCGUUUCAAUGUUCGACUUUGGAAAGUUUUUACUGACUGUUUCAACUGUCUUCCUGUGGCUGCUCUUAUCGAUGACAAGAUACUAUGCAUGCAUGGUGGUCUUUCUCCUGAUCUAACUAACUUAGAUCAGAUACGGAACUUGUCGCGCCCGACUGAUGUUCCGGAUUCGGGUUUGCUUUGUGAUUUGCUUUGGUCGGAUCCUAGUCGGGAUGUUAAGGGCUGGGGGAUGAAUGAUAGGGGAGUGUCGUACACUUUUGGCCCUGAUAAGGUGGCUGAGUUCUUAAUGCAGCAUGAUAUGGACCUUAUUUGUCGUGCUCAUCAGGUCGUUGAAGAUGGAUAUGAAUUCUUUGCUGAUAGGCAGCUUGUUACUAUAUUCUCUGCCCCGAAUUACUGUGGUGAAUUUGAUAACGCUGGUACAAUGAUGAGUGUUGAUGAAAGCUUAAUGUGUUCUUUUCAAAUUUUGAAGCCAGCUGAUAGAAAACCUAGAUUUUUAUGACACCAUCAAAGUUUGAUUACUAUCCUGGCUGACCCGACAAAAUUAAGAGGUUUGCAGAAUCUAUUGGCUAUUGAAGAGGCAGGGAAACAUCCAAAAGAGGAUUGGAUAUUACUUAAGAUACAAGUUUGUUGAUGUUUUGCUGUUUUGAAGGCUGUUUGCUAGUUAAUUCUAUUUUCAUUGUUGAAAAAAUGGAUCUUUUUUUUUUUUUUUUUGAUUUAUUGGCGUUCGAUUUAUGAUGACACUGUACAUACAUUCGGCUUUGUAAAUCGACUUGACCUGUUGACAUCUCAGAAUUGUCUUCAUCUUGA